AUGCACAGAAACACACACAUUCUCGCCAACAGACAUACACAAACGAACAGCACACAGACAGACAACAUAUUUUGGUGGAACAAUGACGAGACUGCGAUAAUGAUUAGACUGAAUAUUUGGAUUGAUUUCUUUGAUGUAGUUCUGCUGAUGAUACAACAGUUCAGAGUGCGCUACAACACCCCUUACCCCCCUGCCACGACACCUUCUUCCCUCCUCAUGACUUCUCCAUCGAUGACAUCAUCUUCUACGUCAUCACCUCUCUCGUCCAAUAGCGUUUCGAGUCUGGAUUGUUUGUCGUUGAUAGUUGAAAGCAUAGCUCUUCCCCAACCGACCAAUCAGAACGCAGGAAGCCACUACGUUGGCGCAGCUUCAGUAGCUAACCUUGGUGGUCAGGUGAACUGCAGCAGCGUCAACAAAACUAAGAACAACAACAACAACAACACCAGUGCAACAACACAGAGCAACAUUUGCAACAGUGGAACUCCGAACAGCAACAACAUUCUACAUGCUGAUAUGAACAAGAACGCCAUGCACAGUAACAACGAGACAAAUAUCAACUUCAUGAUCGACGAAAUAGAUGCUGCGUCUGUUGCCAAAGAUAUUACCACCGACGCGUGUUUAAAUUCUGGGAGGGUUAAUAACGAGAGUUACAACGAUUUGUACAGCAGUAUUUGUUAUUCCAUUGCUCAAACCAACGAUAGCGAUAAGCAGAUCAGCAACAACAAAAAUGAUUUCAGUGCGAUGUUGGGUCAGAAACAGUACAAGAGCAAUGAUUUUCUAUUCAGUGCAAACUUCUCUGACGACGACAUCAAUAACAACCAAACAACUAAAAUGGAAGAAAACAAAAACAACUCAAACAACAACAACAACAGCAACAUUAACAACAACACUCAGAGUAACAGCAUUGGCAUUGAUGGUGAUGAUAAAUUGCAGUGA